CAACAGAGAACAAACGUUACCAGAGCAGUGGAUUCUCUCCAUGGCUCUAAGCUCCUGUUAUGGAAGAGAUUGCACAGUCAUCUGCUCCAACUACUGCCCCAACCAUGGCUAAGUUUAAGGAGGAUUAUAGAUUGCUAAAAGAGGAGAACCGCCUUCUGAAAGAGGAGAACCGCCUUCUGAAAGAGGAGAACCGACUUCUGAAAGAGGAGCGGGAUUUCCUUAGGCAGAAAGGUCUCAACCCAGUGAAGACCAGACCCUCAACAUCUUCAAAAGGGUCCGACAAAAGGGGGCUCAUGGAUUCCUCAGACUCUUCAACAUCUGACUCUGAGUCAGACUCCUCCUCUGAAGAAAAGAGGAAUAAGAAGAAGAGAAAGAAUAAGAAGAAGGAAAACCCUGCAAAAUUUGGAAAAAGAGUUCAGGGUCCAGAGGACGUCGUACAUCGAUACAGAGCUGUUCUAAAAGAAUUUCGGCGUACAAGGAGCAUCAGCCUCAGCUGUGAAUCGCUGAGCGUUGACAGAAAUACAAUCGCCUUAACGGCAAUCAUUGCAGAGGUGUGGUUUGCUACAGAGGGUGAAGAUUUCGGGCUGCUGCCAGAGUUCACUGAGGAGGACACUUUAGGAAACUACGCCAAAACCUGCAAGACCUUCCUGGAGGGUAACAACCCGCUUGAAGAAAAAAUUUAA